AUGACUUGGUGUUUUCAAAUACAGUUCAGCUUACCAAAAGGACAAUUGAGCUACGUCGAAAAAUGGCCGCUUAUGAAAUCUAACGAAAUGGCAUUCCUUUUGGGAAUAUAUUUGGCGUUUAUAUUAAAAAUAGGUCCAAUGGUUAUGGAGCACUUCAAUGCUAUACAAAUGAGAACAAUCUUGACAGUCUACAAUGCAAUUAAAGUUGCCAAUUCGACAAUGUUAACGUUUCAGUUUCUCCGAUAUAUUCAAGAACGCGGAUUGUUUCCGAGAAAUUGUGAAUACGAUGACGAUGUUUUAUACACAAUCGCCGCUCUAUACUGGAAGUACAUGGUGACGAAAGUUCUAGACCUCUUCGAUACGGUUUUCUUCGUACUCCGUAAGAAGUACAGUCAAAUAACGUUUCUACACGUUUAUCACCACGUGUUCAUGGUAAUGAUUACUUGGUCCAGUUUGAAAUACGACCCGUCGGACCACUGGGCGUUUAUGGCCGUGUUAAAUUGCACGAUUCACGUUUUCAUGUACGCGUAUUAUGGGAUAGCGUCUUUUGGGCUGAAAUACAGAAAGUACUUGUGGUGGAAAAAGUACUUGACUAUAAUGCAAUUGAUUCAAUUUCUCUUGAUAAUGAUUCACGUAAUGAUUCAGACGCACAUAACGGACUGUCCUAUGCACGCUGGUACCUACUGGUUGGGUUUAUCCAACAUUGUUCUCUUCAUAUUUCUCUUCAUGGAUUUCUAUAAUAAGAAAUAUCGAACAGGCACGCCUGUGGACAACUUAAAAAUUGUAUGCGGUAAGCACCAGUAA